AUGGUCAUAGAGGGUCGCCUGGAAUACCGCCCGCUCCUUGUCCUAGCCUCCGUUGACUAUGAGAGAGCCUUCGACAGCGUAGAAACGAAUGCAAUACUGUCAGCGCUGGUCGAUCAAGACGACUUGAAGGAAGAACUAAAUAGAAGGAUGACAGUAACAUGGGCAGCAUUCGCACCUGUCAGGGAAGCUACGGACCACGUGACGGACCAAGAUCUUCGUGCCCAUCUGUUUGACUCGACAGUUCUUCCAGGGCUCUGUUACGCAGCGGAGACGUAA